AUGAUUCUACAUAAUUUGAUGGCUAGGAGUUUCUGUCUGAUUAGCUUGUUGAUUCUUUCGCUUGGCUUUAACCCCUGCACAGCUCUCUCAUGGAAGAAUGAUAGUUCAGUGGAAGAUGGCAUUCAAGGGUGCAAACCUUCUCCCCAUCCAUUUACUUUGUGCAAGUCAGAGGCAGAAGCUUUUGGCUAUCCAUGUGAAGAUCACAAGGUCACAACAGAAGAUGGAUAUAUUCUUAGCUUGAAGAGGAUUCCUCACGGUCCUUCUAAUGGUGAUAACUCAACAGACAACAAGAAUACGAGGCAACCAGUGCUGCUAUUCCACGGGCUUAUGGUGGAUGGCAUUUCUUGGCUACUUGGUACACCAAAACAAUCACUUGGCUUUAUUUUGGUAGACGGCGGGUUUGAUGUUUGGAUAGCGAAUACUCGUGGAACUAAUUCCAGCCGCAACCAUACAUCUCUCUCCCCCAAAAACCCGGCCUACUGGGAUUGGUCGUGGGACGAAAUAGCUGCUUAUGAUCUUCCUGCCGUGCUUCAGUUUGUCUAUGACCACACAGGAGGUCAAAAAGUCCAUUAUAUCGGUCACUCCCUGGGAACCUUGAUUAUUCUUGCUGCAUUCUCCGAGGGCAAGUUACUACACCUAGUUCGAUCAGCAGCAUUGCUCUGCCCAAUUGCUUAUCUGGACAGGACAAAAUCCAAACUCAGCCGAGUUGCUGCACAAAUCUUCUUGGCAGAUACAGCUCGCUUUCUAGGUUGGCACGAGUUCAAUCCUUUUGGACUAGUUGCACGUGAAGUUCUAUUGAUAGUAUGCGGCAACCCUGAAGUCGACUGCCAUGAUGUAUUUUCUGCUCUUGCAGGACCGGACUGUUGCCUCAAUGUUACAAGUACAUGUGCAUUCCUGGAGCAUGCUAUACAGUCUACAUCUGUCAGAAACCUUGUUCACUUGUCGCAGAUGGUCAGGCACAAAGGGAUCAGAAGGUACGACUAUGGCAACGCCAAGGCAAACAUGAAGCAUUACAAUCAGACACGCCCUCCGCUGUACAACCUCUCAACCAUUCCAACCCAUGUCCCCAUGAUGCUCAUGCAUGGUGGCCAAGACUUCCUCGGCGAUCUCCCUGACACCAGGCACCUCCUGAAGACGCUGGUCAGAAACCAUGAAAAGGACAACAUCGAGGUGCUAUACGUGCCUGACUACGCUCAUGCUGACUUUGUGACAGGCUUUAAUGCUCCAGAGCUCGUAUAUGAACCGAUGGUCGACUUCUUUCAGCGUCACUGAGAGUUACUACACAUUUCUUCAUGAUCACCUUCACCAGUAAUUGAGUACCACCCUAUGCUAUCAAAACAUCAACUAGUGUAUAAGGUGUCCAUGCAUAUGACUUGUCAAUUCGUAGUAUAUGCCUAUAUUUGCCAGGUUGAUCAUGCUAGAGAGUGAACUAUUCGAUCGAAUAUUUGGUACCAUGUAAUCAGUUUACCCGACAUACCAUAU